CAGCUCUCGGAGCUGCUGCAGCGCCUGGGCGCCGCGCCCACCCUGGGCUCGGCGCUGCCGCUCGCCCUCCUGCACCACAACCAGCAUCUGUCCAACAGCAAGGAGCGAAUGAGAACCAGCUAGUGACUCCCUCCGAGAGCUGAAUAAGCACAUCUUCAGGACUUGUUAAAAUAAGGUUGUCAUGAGACAGCAAAAAACUCGAAUAUACAAACAGAUCUGCUUCUGUAAAGAAACUUUUAAAGAAAUUUUCACGUCUUUUAUCUAAGUUGAGUGCAAGGUGUACACCCGUCGAUGAAUCUACCAAAAGCCAUUUAAACUGAUGCUUAAUUUACUGACUGGGUAUUGUUGGAAUAUUACUUCUUUCUAAACAUUUGUAUUCUGUUUCAUGUCUCCAUAAGGAACUCAGAUCUCUUUGCUACUUUUAAAGUCUGUGUGAUUUAACUUACCUGGACUGUCCUGGACUGAAAUUGUCUCCUUGAAGGGAAAUUUUGAGAUUGGUGGCGAUUUCCAUAUGCCCAGAAAAUCAGAGACACAAAGUUGGUCGCAAAAUUGAAAGGAAAGCAGGAAUGACUGUUUUAUCUGGUUUCAUUCCACUUCCUAAGAAACAGAAGAGGAAUGGCUCUAGGGACCUUGAGAAUUGUGUUUUAAUAUGGAGUAGUAGCUCUUUUGCCUUUUCUGUGAAGGAGACAAACCUUGAAUAAGCUCGCUUUGUUUUAGAAAGGUUUACUUGGCACUUAACUGCCCUGAAAUCAACGCAGAAUUCAAUGUAUUCAGAAUUCAUUUUGCAGGAGUCACCACUUUCAAGUCUCACAAAUUGAACACUGUUCCAACUCAGUGUGUUACAAAUAUAAACAGCCACUCAUGCUAAAUACAAGUUUGCAGUGUUGAGUAUGGCUAUGAAAGGCAGCUUUCUUUAAAAGGGCAUAGAAAUGAGUAGAUUCUUCAGUCCUUCAGGUUUUCCAUCUACAAAAGCACGUAGCUCUCGUACACAGGCUUUGGCACAGGCUACAGAAGGGAAGAAAAAGUAAUGCUCUUUCUUAUUACUACAAAUGCAUGUUCUCUGCUUGACUAGUGAAGAAAUCUUUUCUUUGCAUGGGAUACCGAACGACAGUCACAUAUCAAAUUCCAGCUUCUCUACAAUAUGUCCUGCAGUUUUGCAACAGCUAAUUUUUCACCCGUGUGAUCAUCAGGAGAGCUUUGUGGACACAUCUAAACCACAUUCUUCGCAAGUUUGGGGAUUUGGGUUCCUGGCUGUGUCUGUCAUUAACUUGGCAUCACUUCUGGGACUGAUUUUAACUCCUCUCUUAAAGAAGUCAUAUUUCCCCAAGGUUUUAACUUACUUUGUGGGCUUGGCCAUUGGUACUCUCUUUUCUAAUGCAAUUUUCCAGCUCAUUCCAGAGGCAUUUGGGUUUGACCCAAAAGUAGAUAACUACGUUGAGAAAGCUGUUGCUGUGUUUGGUGGAUUCUAUAUUCUCUUCUUUGUGGAAAGGAUUCUUAAAGUGAUACUAAAGCUCUACAACAAGACUGGCCAUAAUUACUUUGAAAAUGGAGAAGAGAAUCAUUCUCAGGAUAAGACUAACUCACCCAAACCACCAUCAUCCAGCAAUGGGGGAAAGUGUUAUGCAAAUUCAGCUGUCAUAGAGAGCAAUGGAAAUCUUGGUUUUGACAGCAUCAGUGUGGUCUCAGCACAGGAAGAAGCCACCCAAAGCAGCUUAUGCAAGUGUCUUAAGGGGCGCCCACUGUCGAAGAUUGGCACCAUUGCUUGGAUGGUGACACUGAGUGAUGCUGUGCAUAAUUUCAUAGAUGGCUUGGCUAUUGGGGCUUCUUUUACUUUGUCUCUGCUGCAAGGGCUUAGUACCUCCAUAGCUAUCUUGUGUGAAGAGUUUCCUCAUGAACUGGGUGAUUUUGUCAUCUUGCUUAAUGCAGGAAUGAGUACUCGGCAGGCUUUGUUUUUCAAUUUCCUAUCUGCAUGUUCUUGUUACAUUGGGUUGGCCUUUGGAAUAUUAGUAGGCAACAACUUUGCUCCUAACAUCAUCUUUGCUAUAGCCGGUGGAAUGUUCCUGUACAUCUCUCUGGCAGAUAUGUUCCCAGAGAUGAAUGAUAUGCUGCGGGAGAAAGUGACAGGAAGAAAGACGGAUCUUACGUUCUUCCUUAUUCAGAAUGCUGGUUUACUAACGGGAUUCACUGCUAUCCUGCUGAUUACCUUGUAUGCAGGAAAUAUCGAGCUGUGAAAACAGAAUCAGGAUUGGAGACAUCAAGUAAAUUGCAAAUGGAAGACACUUGAAAUCCAUACAGGGACAUUGAUGUAAUCUACUCGGUUUUGAAACGGUGGCAAGGCCCGUCCUGUCCCUCUUGCCCCAAAUACAGGAAAUUCUUCUUUAGGACUUGCAGUUGAAUCAAAUAGUAGGAGCUGUCAGCUUCUGUAUGAUGCCAAAAAAAUUAUGCUAAUAUUUGUAUUUCUACUUAAAAUUAUCAGACAUAUCUGAACUGUCAUAGAGGAAGGGUGUUACUUGGCCAGUAGAAUUAUGCAAUACAUGCAACUACAUGCAACUCCAGACCAACUGAAAGCUGAGGUCUACAAGGAAGAUGGGUAUUUAAGAGUAAAUAAUAUAGUUUUAUACAAUUUUUAACCGUGAUGAAGGCAAGCAGUUUCAAAACUGGUUAAUUUUUAUGACUUUUGUUGCAGGAUUUGUCUGUGUAACAUCUUCAUUCCCAACCAAAAAAAGAAAAAAAAAAAAAUCAAACCAUUUCAGAGUAGGUACUAAUGAAGCUAAGAUUUUUAAUUACUAAUUAACACUGGAAGGAAAGAUACCAGUUCCUGCUUUUGAUCUUUUCUUUUUAUAAAUGCACUAGGGAAUUGUUGAUUUAUUUUGAGAACCACUUUUUUUUAAUUAGAGGGAACCUGUGUUAAAUUUAUGACUGUUUAUCAACUCCAUAAUAUUUUAGAAACAUUGAGUAUUUUUAAAAUGUUCAAGUAUUAUCAGUUUAUUCUAUGAAAAUAAUAAAGUUUUAUACUUAAGUUUCACAUAUAUCCCCUUUAAAAAUCAGUUUUUUAGUCUUACCAAGGAAAAUUUAGGGAAAAAAAAAACUUGCUAAAAUCGACAUUCCAGUAUGCUUUCUUCAUUGAAUUUGAAUGAUUUCUUUGUGUGC